AUGUCUCCUGUGAAGUCUGUUCUGCCUCAUAGAAGCCCUGCUGACCCCUUUUCUGAGGGGCUGUGUUACUUCUGCAGUGUUAGCAAAACAGAAAAAGAAGUCCAAGAAAAAUGCAAUUUGGAAAAGGAAUUAGCUAAAAGCAAGGUAGACAUAAAUGCAUUGAACCAAAACCUGCAGAGUCUUGUGGAAGAAAAUAAGCACCUGACAGAUAAAAUUGCUUCCCUUGAACACCACAGAGCCACUUCUGACUACCAUGGGGUGGGUAUAAAAAGUUUGCUCAGAAGAAAGUGGAAAAAGCCUUGGAAAAAAUUACUGAUAGUAAAAAUAAACUGGCCUAUGAGAAGGGGAAACUUCAGACAAAAAUUAAACAGUUAGAAGAACAGCUCCAUUCAUUUACUGAAACCAAG